GAUAUUUAAUAUUGAGUUGCUGUCAACCAACAUUUUUUGUAACAAUUCUAUGAAUACCAAUGUACUCUCAGACUUGUAUAUUUUUCAUCCCCUGCUUCAUCAAAAUGGGGUAUAUCAAUUUGCGUUUGUCCUUCUGUCAACAAUAACUGCUACAAUUGGUAAUGGUAAGUUGGUAACAUGCUUAAAAGCCUUUUAAGGGCUCUGCCAAGUUAGAUUGCCACUGUUGCCAAACUAUAUUUGGUGGAGUUUUGGCCCCUUCAUUAUCAAAGAUCAUUUUCUGUCUUUUCCAUGCAAUAACUGCAACACAUGUUAACACAUUUUCUCCAAAACCGGUAAUAAGCUUAAAAGCCUUAAAUGGUUGGCCAAGUUUGAUUGCCACUUUUGCCAGACUUCAUUUGACGGAGAUAUGGCCCCUUCAUUAACUAAAAGACUGUCUUUUCGUAAAAAAAACUGCAACAAAGGAUAACAGAUAUUCUUCAAACUUGGUAACAAGGUUAAAUGCCUUAAGGGAAAGGCCAAGUUCUAUUUCUACUUUUGCCAAACGUUAUUGGAUAGAGUUAUGGCCUCUUCAUUCAUCAUUCUCUUGCUAUGAUGACAUGUUUAAAAUUUACCUAGAUAAUUUCAUUAAAUUGUUUGUUUUCUGUAUACACACAUUUAGUAAAAGUACUGUGACAGCAUCAAACAUUAAAGGUUUACAUCCUUACAUAAUGUUUCUUUGUUUCUCCUUUUAUUGGGGAGGGGGGGUCACAAUUGGGGAUUAGGAGAUCAUAAAAAGAAAAAAAUUAUUUACUUUUUUAGGGGGUCAUCAAAGGGCAUCUUGGAAAGAACUUGUGAAGCUUGUGGAAUCACUUCAAGCCCACUUGAAUGUUAUGCCAGAGCCACCACAAAAGAAACCUAGACAUCCAUAUCCAAGCCGAUUUCACAAUUCAGGACAACAGACAAUGGGACCACCAGCUGUCGUUCAAACACCACCUUCUAACAUCCCAACACCUGUCCCUCCUGCUUCCACCCUAACACCUGCGCCUUCUAACAUCCCAACACCUGUCCCUCCUGCUUCCACCCUAACACCUGCGCCUUCUAACAUCCCAACACCUGUCCCUCCUGCUUCCACCCUAACACCUGCGCCUUCUAACAUCCCAACACCUGUCCCUCCUGCUUCCACCCUAACACCCUGCGCCUUCUAA